UUCCCGGAAGUGACGUUGUCGCUAGGGUUAUUUACACUGAAGAGUGUUUUUUUGACUGAGGGUAUGCUACCCCCUCUCGGCUCUCGUAGCUGCCAUGUAAUGCACAAUUGUUGAAAGCACUCUCAUUUACCACAUUUGUUUGAGGGGUUUUUUUCUGGUAAACGAAAUACCUCAACAGGAUGGGGAUAUACACCAAGUCUGUUAAGGAAAAUUCGGACUCGGAAGCACCGAAUAAGCCGGGAUCCGACGUGGAAAGUGUUGUGUCUGAGGGCACAGUGUCAGAUGGGAGUGGCGUGCUGCUCCUGCCGAAAGAGAUACGGCCAAAGACUAACCAGAAGGCCACUGUAGUCGUGCAGAAAGAUGCCGGCCUUGCGGUCCCGAAGCGUGGCAAAUCCGGCGUCCGACAGUUGAGAUUCCGGCGGGAACGGGCCAGGGCCACCUGUGUGCGGGUUCUCUGUUGCCUGAUGUUUGUCUGCAGUGUGGCUGUGGUCAUCGUCAGCGCUGUGGGACUGUUGCAACAUCUGCGGCUCUUCCCACGGCUAGGGUACCUGCCGUUUGUUGGACGUGUCGGCCCUGUGCCCCAUGGCCCUGUGCCCCAUGGCAGUGACGGGUACCACAGACACCUGGACCUCACCGGCAAGGUAUGCGCCAAACCUUUGUCCAUGACGGUGUUGGCGGUUUGGUCAGUGUUCUUAUUGCCGUUGCUGCUGUUGCCUAUGUUGCUGCUUCCGUCCCUAAUUUGCGGUAUUUCUACCAAAAACCCGAAGAAACUGAAGUGA